CCCCCCCCCCCCCCCUCGAGAUUUCUCCUCUCGCCGCCCCGCCCUGAUUCGAUUCCGAAGAUGAUGCUCCUCGCCAAGGAGUUCGCCCUCUCGCCGCCCGCAGCGGCCACGCCGCGCCGGAGGGCGUCCGCCAGGGUCGCGCCCACCGCCGGAGGGUGUCCGCCGAUCCCUGACCUCUGGCUGCGGACCGCCGCUCCCCCUGCCUUCGGGAGCCACAGCCACGACAGCGACACGGAUUUGGCCAUGCUCGUCACCGACUUCCUCGAGAACGGCGCCGGGGACUCGCGCGCCACCAGCGACAACGAGUCCGCCCUCUCCGACCUCACCCACCUCGCAGACAACAUCAUGAUGCUCAAGCAAUGCGGAGAUGAGAAACAAAAUGAGCUUCUCUCCAUGGUCCACUCGCUACUCUUCUCUAUCCAUGGGUCUGAGCUUCAGUGUUUCAAAAGAGGCCAAUGCAGUGGCGGUUGCAUCCGCCAUCUACUUGUCAAGCUUUUGAGAUACUCGGGAUAUGAUGCAGCAGUCUGCACAUCCAAAUGGCACGGCUUUGACAAGAUACCUGGAGGUGACCACGAGUACAUUGAUGUCAUAGUGCAUGGUGAUACUACUGACACACAGCGUCUGAUAGUUGACAUCGACUUCAGGAGCCACUUUGAAAUUGCCAGGGCAGUUGACUCUUAUGGCACUCUGUUAAAUUCACUCCCGGUGGUGUACAUCGGCACCCUUCCAUGCCUGAAGCAGUACCUGCAUGUGAUGGUAGACGCUGCAAAAUGGUCCCUGGAGCAGAACUCUAUGCCGCUUCCUCCUUGGAGAUCCUUGCCUUAUCUCCAAGCGAAAUGGCAGUCCAAGUAUGAGAGGAAAAACUUGAUUACUGAGCAAGGUUUCCACGGCACAGCUUCGGAUCACACGGUGUGCAUUGGACACCUGAAGAGGCUGAAAACUUCCCUCCAGUCGGAGCUUGAAACCGAAAGAUUGCUGAUGAUGCCAAUGAAGGCAGACAAGAAGAGGAUGCCAAAGUUUGAGAGGCCGUGGCGGCGUUCCCUUCUCAGUUGUUGAUACAGAUUUUUGUUCCCUGCAUACAGAAGAACACCGAGGGAAAUGAGCAGUAGCUUGCUGCUGGACAUUUUUGUUUUCCCUGGAAAAGGGAGAAACGAGGCCCUUUUUACAAGUUUUGGAGUUUACAGAUAAGUUGAGAUAGGAGAUGGAUACUAACAGGCAGUGUUAGUGCCAGGGUUUUUAAAGGCACAUAUAAGGGGGAAAAGAACUAGAAGAAUUGUUUUCCGGUUUUGGUUUUCAUUCAUUCGUCGAGGAUGGAUAUGCGGGCGGUGAAUCUGCUGCAUACCAACACUGUAAUUGAUUUUUGAGUGACACAGCUGUUCCCUUGCUCUUUUUGGAGCACGCUUUUGUUUCUUUCCCACAAUGUAAUUGUAGGAUGUACAAGUUGAGUUGGGCUUGUUGAAAAGUAUAUGUUUCUGUUCAUUUGGUUAUAGAGAAUAUUAUUAUUAUUAUUUUGCGCUACAGAAGGCUC